AUGUUGACUGGAGAGGAAGAGCCCCGUACCUUCAGAACAGGCUGCAGAGGCUGGUGGGACGAUCUGAACUGUUGGCCUCCUGCUUCAGUCGGAGACGUCGUGUCCCAGCCGUGUCCCCGCUUCCUACACACCACAGGCCGUGUGUUCAGAAACUGUACCGAUCAUGGAUGGUCAGAGUCAUUUCCUCCUCAUCAUGAAGCCUGUGAAUAUGGACUCAACCACAGCUUACCUGCAGAGGUGAAAAAGGUGUACCUUUCCCAGCAUUACUUCCUGUUUGUGAGGAUCAUGUACUCCGUGGGAUACGCCGUCUCACUCAUCUCUCUCUCAGUUGCUGUGGCAAUCCUCUCUCUGUUCAGGAGGCUCCACUGCACACGAAACUUUGUCCACAUUCAGCUCUUCCUGUCCUUCAUCCUGAGAGCAUCUCUUAUCUUCAUUAGAGACUCUGUUCUGUUCUCCUCUGACGACCACUUCCACUGUGGAGAUUACCCGGCAGGCUGUAAAAUUACCACGGCACUGUCGAACUACAGCAUCAUGGCAAACUACAGCUGGUUGCUGGCUGAAGGUCACUUCCUGUACAGUCUGCUCAGCGUGUCUCUGUUCUCGUCCAAGAGGCGUCUGUGGAUCUACAUCGUCCUGGGCUGGGGUUCUCCAAUGAUCAUUCUGAUUGGAUGGAGCUGUGCCAGGUUCCUUUAUGAAGACGAGGGGUGUUGGGAGACGAGGAGGAUCAGGUGGAUCUGGUGGAUCCUCAGACUUCCUGUUCUCAUCUUCAUCACAGUGAACAUGGCAUUCUUUCUCUUGAUCAUGAGAAUCCUGGUGUCAAAGCUGAGGACCCGAGACAUGCCAGGCAACGAGUUCAACCACUACAGGAAGUUAUCCAAGUCGUCCUUCCUAUUGGUGUCUCUGUUUGGCCUCCACUACAUCCUGUUUGCCUUCCUCCCUAAUAAACUCAGUGACUCCUCACAUCGAGUCUGGACAGGGAUCGAGCUUGCCUUCGCCUCCACUCAGGGUUUUGUUGUGGCCCUCCUGUACUGCUUCCUUAAUGCAGAGGUGCAGAUAGAGUUCCAGAGGCGGUGGAGGAGGUGGAGACAGAAACAGACCCUGCAGGUGGAGACCAGGAGACUCCGUAGCUCCCUGAGUCAGAGCGGAGGAGGACUUGGCAACGUGUCGGUGCUCACUAAGACAUCAAGUUCACUGGAGACGGAUCAGCUGUGA